AUGCAGAGCACACUCACCGGAAGUUGGGCUUGGCAGCUGUGGCUGGCUUUGCAUUGGAAGCCAGCUCUGGAGACUUGGCAUUGGGGGUGGUGCUGCAGACGCCGAGUGGACAUGGUGCAAUCUGCCACUGCAGUGCAUCGCAAGAACACGAAGCUGUGUCGAUCCAGGUCACCCAUGUUGAUACCUUUCCCGGUCUGGCUUUGUUCUGUCAAGUGCCUGGUUUCGCUUACCUGGCCUUGUCCGAGGACUACUCUUGGGCGGCUUUGGGGCGCUGGCGAGGAGAAGCUGCAGUGGGCCCAGAGCAGGGUGAGCUCUUUGGGGGGUCUCCUGACUUCCUUCCUCUUUGAAUUGGGGAAAUGUACAACUUAUCCUUUGGUCCUGUAUGAUUUCAUCAAGAGUAUGGGAGAGCAGAGAGAGGGGCUGUUUUGGUGGAUGAGCUGGAACCGGAAAACGGAGGAUCCAAAACCUACUGGUAAUACUUGUGAGUAG